CUAUGUGGAAGAGCAGGAUAGAGCAGCACAGACAGGAGCUGGACCAGGAGAAGAUUUACAGAGAGGCUCUAAGGAACAGAAUCAUUCCUCCUUAUUUCCGCUCAGAGAAAGGAGCAGGUUUCGAGUACUCUGAGGUCCCUGAUAUGAGAUCUCUGUCUCAGGACCUUCCUCCAUUCCCCAACACUCCCAACUCCCAGAACUACCUCAGAGAUGCCCCUCAGGAGACAGCAGCCCAGCGACCUUUGAACCCCACGCCCUCUCACGCAGCAGGAAGUGAUGCGCUGCCUAGGAGACCCACCAACCCCACUCCUCAAACUGCAGGGGACAGCUCUCAUGGUGCCUCUACAGUGAAGCAACAGCAUGGUGGUGGUAUUGGGCCUGGCAGUACCCAGGUGGACGUGGCAGGGAACCCACGCAGACACAGAGUCAAGCUGCCAGCCUCCAUCCUCAGCUCCAAACCCUUCAGCGUGCCCAACCAGCAGUUCCUGUGUGUAGAGGAGCCGGUGAGGAGGAAGGUGAAGACUGUGUCUGUGACAGGGGGGCAGCAACUCGCCGCACGGGGGUUUGAGCUCCUCCCAGCAGAGGUCCAGUUUGGGACCCUAAAGGAGGGCUGCAGCUACAGUGUCCCCGUGCUCAUGAAGAACGUGGGCUUCCACACCUGCAGGUUCAGUGUGAAACAGCCGUCCCCUGGUACUGGAAUCAGAGUCAUCUACACCCCUGGACCUGUGGCUGCUGGGAUGAAGACUGAGCUUCAGGUGGAGCUGCAUGCCAUGACUACAGGUCUGGAGGAGUCUGCAGAGGGAGAGGUCUACAUCUCACACCACAUCCACAUCAAGACUGAGACUGAGAUCUUCUACCUGCCUGUCUUAGCUACCAUCCUCCCCGAGCGUCUGUAUGACACCAGGACCAAGGAUCAUACCAACGGGCUCCAGACAGGGGUAUCCAAGGUCCGCCUCAUCUCCUCCACCCCCUCAGUCAGACGUGGAGUGGUCCUCCCUCUCAGACCUCUUCUCUCCACCACCGGUGAAAUUGAAUCAGACGGAUUGAGACGACUUAUAUAAAACAACUCAUUGUGCUUUGGGGUUUUAGUUACAUAUUGCCGUUGUUCGAUGGCUGUUAAAUAGAAUACAUCUUAGGAAUAAAGAACAGUGAU